AUGGACGCGAUGGACCAGGAAAAAAGCGUUGUUUUGGACCCGACGGGCGGGUUUGUGAUAAAGACGAGGAUUGUUGAGGGCGACGCCAAAAGGCCAUAUGCUACAAAGGUGUUUCUCAACGUCUGUCAUGAUCUCCAGGUUCCUAGACCUCCAGGUGAGUUCGUUCCAGAACAGGUGUUUCCGCUAAUUGUCAAGAACGAGUGGGAGAUUCCGCUAAUUGUAUCGCCGGAAAAGACAGACAAGGACAAGAAGGGCGUGCCGUCGCUAGUGUACGAUUGCUGCAUCAACACAGACUGUUUUUCGUGGGUCCAGGUCAACAACGACCUCAAGCUCAUCUUGAUCGAAUGGUGCAUUGAGUCCGUGGAGCUCAUGUACGGGCUUGUGCUUGACCGGAGCUACAGCGUGCCGAAAAUGCUCAGCAAGGGCGAGCUUCUGAAAACAGAGGUUUCGGAGGAAGACCUCAAGGGAGGGCUUCACAAGAAGAUGCAAGAGUUGAAGCAGAACGAGGUUCUUGGGCUUUUGGACGAGCUCGAGCCGGAACCGGAGGCCCACGGCGAGCUUCCGGAUUUGAUGAACAUUGACGGAAAGAAGAGCAGGCCGUUGAUUGAGGAGGUAGGCGAGAUGUCCUUGGAGCCGAAAGUAGAGAAGACAAAGAGAGUUGAGGUAAAAGCUGCUGGGGGCGCUCAGGCCAUGGAGGUGGCUGUAUCCUCGAAAAAGCUCGACGACGGCGACUUUGUGCUUACGUUUACGUCUCCCCAGCUUUCUCCAGAGGUGGAUACGGAUUUUCACGAUGGGACGUUUGCGCUCAUUAAUAAGAACCCGGCGGUGAAGCUAGGGAAAAACAAUAGGCUCGAGAUUCCGCUUCCGGCGGGCUUCAGCCCGUAUAGGGUGUUCUUCAGCACGAGCGAGUCGGCCUUGUACGUUUUUGCCCGGAGGUGA